AUGGAAUUAUUAAAUAAAGUAUGUGAAAAUGAUCCUGUAUUCUGUCCAAAUGGUUGUGGUCAUUCAUAUGUGGGCAUGUACCGCAAACACAGUCUCAAAAAGCAUUUGGUUUAUGCAUGUGGAAAAAAUCCACAAUUUCAUUUUAAGGACUUGAAUCAAUCUUUGGAAAAAAAUCAAAUGUUUUGUCCAAAUGGUUGUGGCCGAUCAUAUAUUGGGAAAAACAGAAAAAACAAUCUCAAACAGCAUUUGGUGUAUAUGUGUGGUGUUAAUCCACAAUUUUGUUUAAAGUACAUGGAUCAAACUGUUGAAAAAUAUCGAAUAUUUUGCUCAAAUGGUUGUGGAAGAUCUUAUAUUGAGAAUGCCAUGAUGGAAUUGUUAAAUAAAGUAAGUGAAAAUGAUCCUGUGUUCUGUCCAAAAGGUUGUGGACAUUCGUAUAUUGGUACACACCGCAAACACAAUCUCAAAAAGCAUUUGGUUUAUGCAUGUGGAAAAAAUCCACAAUUUCAUUUAAAGUACAUGGAUCAAACUGUUGAAAAAUAUCGAAUAUUUUGCUCAAAUGGUUGUGGAAGAUCUUAUAUUGGUAGAAACCGCAAAUACAAUCUCAAACAUCAUUUGAAAUAUAAGUGUGGUGUUAAUCCACAAUUUCAAUGUACAGUUUGCCCAACAAAGUUUAGAAACAACGAUUCAUUGAAGUGUCACAUGAUGAAAAUUCAUCAAAUAUGUAUAUUGAAAUAA